GUAAUUCAGUUAUCUUCCAUUCGUGUGGAUACACACUUCGCGCGCUCUUCUACCAAUCGAGGAAAGAAGUCGUUAAACCAAAUAUAGUGUCGGCUUUUAUUUAAUAAGGUUUAUUAAUAACAUUUUUAGAAGAGAGAAAUCUGUUUUAUCGCGAUGAAACAGUUACCGGCAAAAUCACUGCAGAUUGAAGUUAUCACGUGAAUUCUAUUUUUACAGUUAACGAUAUUACAACAAUUAUUGGACAUUUGAUAAUAAAAAAAGAUCAAGUAAUUUUACUAAAUUCGACGCGUCAGAAGUUCGACAAUGUGUGUUCGACGUUUUAUAUUUUGGUCCUGCGUGCUUCUGCUUGUUGUUCCAUCUUUGGGAAAAGAAUCGUGGCAAAAUUUUGUGAAUGGCGAUAAACAGAAUGACAAUUCAACAGUGCAAUACGAACCUCGUGCAAAUGACAUAAGAAACCAAAAUGAUGAGACAAUACAGUACGAGUUCUUUACUUGGUGUAAUCAAGAGAAUAAUAAUUCAGUGCAAUAUAAACUUAAUUCACAUUCUAUAAAAAAUUAUCAAACAAAUAAUAAUAUACUGAUGGAACCUGAUAAUAUCUGUAUUCAAUUCUGCUGUCGCUUGAUUCAGGACAAUUGUAUUUUUGGGAAGAAUAAUUUUUCCUUUCAGGACGUCAACGGGUCUAGAUCGUUGAAUAAAGUGUUUCAACAGAUAAUCGAUUCAUGCAAAGAAAGUGAAUUCCCGUUUGACAAUUACACAAAUAACCAGAAUACAAUGCUCUUUGAUGAUGACUACCAAUCACGUCAAGAUAAAUUUAUUUUGUUGAUGACUAAGUGCUUGGAUGUCAAGAUAACAUGUCAAGAUAACAAAACUAUUGGCAACAUCAAAAUGGUGUUAACCAAAUUGCCAUAUAAAAUAUUUAUAAGAGUAGCUCUCUUAACAUCUUGGCUGUGUUUGCUGAUAAUAUUCAUCGUGUAUUCCAUAUGUCCGGAACUUCGAAACAUGCACGGAUACGCAUUGCGUUCAUACGUCAGCUCGUUGUUUCUCGCAUACACGAGCAUUUAUUUCUCUCCUUCUUUCCAUCCUACGAUGAAUGAAGCGGAGCAUUUUGCCUGUGUUACACUAACCUUUAUAUACAAUGUCUUUAUGGUAGCAAGUUUCUUGUGGCAAAAUGUGAUAUGCUUCGAUAUUUUAUGGACAUUUAGGAGAUUUCAUUCGAUACAAGGCAACAUAAAACGACGAAAGAUGAAAAUGCUCGUGAUAUGUUCGAUUUAUGCGUGGGGUACCACUGGUAUUUACGCUAUCAUCUUGACCACUAUCAAUUUUGCUUCCAAUAUACCUAAGAACUUAAUUCAACCAAAAAUCUGCGUCAAGCAACAGGGAAUCGCGGAGGAAGCAAAGUUUGCAUACUUUUACAUUCCCGUAGGAAUUAUUAUUAUCUGCAACAUCUGCUUCUUCAUUUUUACAACAUUAAAAAUCAUGUAUACCAAGAAAGACACUGACCGUUAUCUAAAAAGCUUGGAGAGCAAAUGUCACGAUAACAAUAAGCAAAGGUUUAUCAUGUAUUUGAAAUUAUUUAUUCUAAUGGAUACAACUACAAGCAUAAAAUGGACAAUGGAAACAGUGGCACGGAAUUUUGUCGAUCAACUACCAGUCUUUAUCUGGUUUUUAGUGGUCAUGACAUGUGCCCUACAAGGUUUCAUCAUUUUCGUUGUAUUUGUAUGCAGGAAGAGGAUUAUGCAGCUGUUGUUAAAACAAUUCGGUUACGAGAACAGCGGUCUGUGUUGCAAAAAUUCAAAGAGUAACAAUUGCAAUAGUACGUCUUUACAAACUUCUUCUACCACGAAAAACCAAGUUCGUGCGAGAAAUCAGUUGCAACAUGUAAACCAAUUAUUAUGUGAAAAGUUUAUCCAAAAAGAUCAAUAGGUCUCUACAGUUUAAUAUUGCAAUACAAGAAAAAAAUGUGUUUUUUAUUAUGGUGCCAUAAAAAUGCAUGUUUUUCCGAGAAAGUUGCCAAAUAAAACGCAUUAUUUGUCGCAAAA